AUGUCAGCGAUGCUGAAGAGCUAUCUGGGCUUCGGCGAAGCCGCAGGACUUCAAGCUGUUAAGAAUGAAGGCUCCCCACUGCAGGCUAUUCCGGCCUCAUGGUAUACUUCCGAGGAGAUGUUUGAGCUUGAGCGACGUGCUAUUUUCUCUCGCAAAUGGCUCUUGACCGCACACAAGUUGCGUCUUCCCAGUACGGGCGACUACCUCCGAUACGACAUUGCCGGAUACGGCUUCAUUCUGGUUCGCGACCGCGAAGGCAAGAUCAACGCAUUCCAUAACGUCUGUCGCCACCGUGCCUUCCCCGUUGUGACCGAAGAAAAAGGCACCUCAAGAAUCUUCUCCUGCAAGUAUCACGGCUGGUCCUAUGGCUUAAACGGCAAGCUUGCCAAGGCACCUGGAUACCAAGAUUUAGAAGAUUUUGACAAGAACAAGAAUGGCCUUCUCCCCAUCCACUCCCACAUCGACGCGAACGGCUUUAUCUGGGUGAACUUGGACAGUGCCCCCAAGCCAGAGAUCUCAUGGGAAGACGACUUCAAGGGCAUUGACCUGCAGUCCCGCUUCCAAGACUUUAACUUGGAAGACUACGAGUUCAAUCACACUUGGGAAACUGAGGGCAACUUCAACUGGAAGGUUCUGGCCGACAACUACAACGAAAGCUCCCAGCAGACCACCCGUGAUGUUCCAUCCCUGGCCGAUCUUGGUGUUGAGGGUUCUGCCGACUACACCAACGCAACACCAGAGCAGGUGGUCAACAACCUCAAGAUUGCCAGCACCUACUACUUCCCCAACGCCACGAUGACCGUCUCGCCGCACUUUUUCUUCAUGCAGCGUUUUGUGCCCACUUCACCCACCCACUGUGUCACGCGCUACGAGGUUUACCGCAACAAAAACUCUAGCGAUACGGAGUUUGAGCUUAUCAACCAGGUCUAUAAGCGCGUCAUGUCCGAGGACAGGGAUCUCUGCGCGGAGAACCAGAAGGCUCUGAAACCUCAUGGCGAGCUCCCCGCAAACAUGGAGCAAGGCUCUCUCUAUUUCCAGUCCGUGGUUCGCGAUCUUCUGACUGAAUACCGCGCGCGCGAGGUAGCUGCCGGAAAGGAGGUCUGGCCGUCUCGCCAGCCUGUUCCCGAGGGUGCCCUGACCACCCAGGAGGACAUUGACUUUUGCACUAAGCUUGAAGCCCAGAGUCAGGCCAACAAGAGCGGUGACUGCUCUUCAAAGCCCGGUGGAUGCUGUGGAGGAACAGCCUGUGGAGCGGUCACCGACAACGGGACGUCAGCCAACGAGACCAUGGUUUGCUGA